GGGAUGUCCCCAGGCUUGGGGGCCCCUGCGGGGACCGCGCCGUCCUGGGACCAUCCCGGGGGCUCCCGUGCGCCCGGCGCUGAGCACCCGUCCCCGCUCGCAGCGACCCACGUCCGGCUGCUGCUGCCCCUGCUCUGCUGGGCCACGGCCCCCCCCAGCCCAGGCGCCGCGGCCCUGCAGCUCCUCAACAUCACCUUCGUGGGGGUCCCGGCGGAGCCCCCCCGCCCCGGUGACAGCGUGACGGUGCCGUGCGAGGCGCUGAGCAGCCUCCCCGAGCUCACGCUGCUCUACUGGCUGGGCAACGGCUCCUUCGUGGAGAAGCUCUACCCGGACGGCGCCGUGCGGGAGGGCGCGGUGGUGGAAGAGCCGCGGGGCUCCGGGGCGGCCCUGCGCCGGGACCUGCACAUCGGCUCCUUCGGCGCCCGGGAGCUGCGCACCGACUUCAGCUGCGUGGCGCUGAGCCCCGCCGGCGUCGCGGCCCGGCACGUGCGCUGGGGGCCGCCGCGGGAGGCCCCCGCCCAGGGCCCGGGGCUCGGCUGAGCCCGGCGCAGCUCGUGACGGGCCACAGCGCCGCGGGACACAGCCGGAGCGGCCGGGACCAGCCGUGCGGCCGGGCCCCGGAGCUGCGCCAGGCCUGGAAGCGUCCCGGGGCGGCCGGCAGCCGUGCAGCCGGGAGCACCGGCUCUGCCCCCGGGGGGGUUAUUAAAGUGCAGUGAUGCUGCCCGCUGUCGGCCGUAUCCUGGGGCCGGGGGUGCGCGUGGGAGCUGGGGUAGGAUCCGUCCCCGUCCCCGUCCCCCUGCGGCACCGGGAGCGCGGAUCCCCCGGAGCAGGGAUGCUCCCGCCUGCGCCCGUGGCACGGAGCGGCCGCGCGGCUGCCGAGGCCCCGCUGCUCCCGAGCCUCCGCCUUGCGCAAGGGCUCGUUCCGGGAAGGCCCCGGGAGCAGGAGCGCGUGUGAUCCCGCCUUUUGCUUCCUCACGCCGUUGAAUCCACCGUGAAUAAACUCCGGGGAAAGGCCCCGGCUCACGUGUGCUGCGGGCACGUGGCAGCCGCUACGGUGGGGGUGACCAGGGAGCCGGGAUCCCAUGGAGAGCUGGGACCCUGCAGGGAGCUGGGACCCCAUGGGGAUCCGGGAUGUGGCAGGGAGCCGGGACCCCACAGGGAUCUGGGAUGCUGCAGGGAGCCGGGUCGCUGCGGGGGGCCAGGACACUGCAGGGAU